CCCCCACACCCCUGCCCUGCCUCACCCCCCUCUCUUCCAGGGACCCUCCACACCACACCCAUGGCCUGCUACGACCUCUGCCGACCCUGCGGACCCACCCCGCUGGCCAACAGCUGCAACGAGCCCUGUGCCCUGCAAUGCCAGGACUCCCGUGUCAUCAUCGACCCUUCCCCUGUGCUGGUCACCCUGCCAGGACCCAUCAUGACCUCCUUCCCCCAGAGCACCGCCGUCGGAUCCACCUCCUCGGCUGCCGCUGGCCUGCAUUUUGCAGCUGUGUCAACAGCCCAGGCCUCCAAGCCCAUAGCCAAAUCCACGGCCAUAGCCCAGCCCAUAGCCAAAGCCACCAAAUCCCCCAGAGAUGGGCUGUCCCUGCACACUGAGUUCAGUGCCCACGGCAGCCGAGGAGGUGGAUCCGACGGCGGUGCUCUGGGGGAAGGAGAGCCCAUCUCUGGGGGAUUUGGUGGCUUUGGCUAUGGGCUGGGCUAUGGCCGUGGAUUUGGCUAUGGGCUGGGCUGUGGCUACGGGCUGGGAGGCCUGGGCUGCUAUGGCAGAAGGGGUGGCUACAACUGCUAA